AUGCUGAGCGGCCGUGGGGAGACACGCAGCAGCCGUAGCAGCUCUGAGCCAUGCGUGGCUAUUCGCACGGGCUCAAGGCGGGGGCUCAGCGGGCCGGGGAGGAGGCUGGCUGGUGAAACCCCCCUGGAGUCACAGCUGCCCAGCCCCAAGGGUGCCCAGUAUGGGGCUGGGGUGCCGGAGAGCCGGGCUCUGCCACAGACCACCUGGGUGACCUUGGGCAAGUCCCUUUGUUCCAGCUGUGCAGGGGGUGCAGGGACCAAGCCAGGCUUUAUUUUGGGAGCAGGGGCACGUGGCAGGCGGCAUGGCUGCGUGCAGCCCCUCGCAGAGAGCCCCACCUCGCCGCCGCUCUCCUCCCGGCUGCUUUCCGGUGACCCUUCCCCUUGUCUCUAUCUGGGUUCCCGCGCGCUCGGCCUUGCCCUGGCAGGCUCAGCCUCUCCCUGCCAAAGCAGGAGGAGAUAUGCCUUGCACCUUGCACAGGCAUGCACACGUGCAGACACUCACCUGCCCUGCACAUGCACGCACACCCACCUUGCACACAUGCACAUAACUUGUGCAUGCACACACACUCAUGCACACAUAGGCACACUCCUUGCAGUAAUAUGCACACACACACUCACAUGCGCGCACACACACACCCAUACUUGUACACACCUGCCUACCCACUCAGGUAUAUCUUGCAUGCACAUGCUCACACACACAUCUUGCACACAUGCACACGCUCCCAGUUGGGGGCGGUUACUGGGCUGGACUUGCUUCCAGCCUGGCGGAUGUGACCGAGAGGGCCAUACGAUGGUCCCAGGAGCAGCCCGGGGUGGCACAGCUGGGGCAUGGGCAGCCUGGCACUGGCCUCUGCAGAUGUCAUGGGUGUCACGUGCCUCCCUGACCACACUGGCAAAUUGCAGCUCCCUGCCAGCAGCCUUGGCCUCGCCAGGACGCCCUCGCGGAGAGCUGGGGUGGCCCCUGGCUUGUGGGGGGCAGCUGCAUGGGAACAAGAUGAGAUGA